AUGGAUGGAAAACAAAAGCAGCGUACUGUGGAUACUGAGCAAAGUGAGGCUGAGCUUUUACCGAGAAAUCCAUACUGUUCAAAUGAAGGGACACAAUGUGGUUGCAAAUGGCACAAUGUGACAAUCCAACCACAGUUGGUUACAACAAAACCGUGGUCCCUUUUGAAAACAUUCCUGGUGUGUCUGUUGGCCUGCCUAAUCUCCACAACCCUUGUGGUACUUGUAGUGUAUUUUGUCCACUUCAGUAGGCCCAUCAGCAAUACCACCAUCAUCAUUCAUCCAGAGGGAAGGCCCAGUCAAGCGGCGUGUCUCCCUGGUUCUACCCCAACUCUAGCUUCUUCAGCCCCACCUGGUCUGCAGACCACCUCACCUUCUCCUGCAGCAAGCCCGAGAGCCACCACAGCAUCCCUAUCGACUCUGGAGUCAACUAAAACCGUAACAGCGGACCACGACGUUGUCAUUGAAUAUGAUAACUGA